AUGAAGACCGCCCAUACAUGGCAUCACUCCCAUAACGUCGCCGCUCUAGUCCGCGACGCAAAGGCGAGCAUGACGGCGGAGAAGACGCUGGAGAAAGCGAGAGAAUAUCUGGCGAAACUGGAGAGUAAUGUGAAUUUAGGAGGUAUCAAUGAAGAGAAGAGGCGGAAGAUCAGCGGAUUUAUUAGUAAUCUUUGUACUGAGCUCGAAAAAAAGAGAAAAAAUGGAGAAGGAGAUAACAGCGGUAGGUAUAACACUUGAUUGUAAUCUUUAAAAGACUUUGGUUGCUUUUAACGCAAGUGCACUUUCAGCGUAUUCCACCGUAUCUCCCGGGAACAACGCUGAUUUGAUGUAUGGAAUAAGAAGUCGCGCAAAGUCCGACCCUUCGCGUAGAUUUACAAUGGGAUCCCAAAUAUUUUCGACAUACACAAGUAACCUAUCUCUGACAGAUUCAGAGCAUGAUACCGAUGACGGUUACAAUGCUUCGAGGGAGUCGGAGGAGACCGUUAAGAUCGAAGAGAUCUAUGACCGACAAAUGCCUGUAGGUCAUCGAAUUUGCUUUCAGUCCUUAAUACAUAUAAACUCACUAUACGUUUUAUAUAAAUUUAGUGGGCUCUACGAUUGAUCCCGCAUAUUUUAUUCUUCGCAUCCUUGCUUGUAUCCGUCUAUGGAGGCGCCCUUUUCCUUCAACUCAUCGAUCCAGCAAUGGCCAAGGCCCCUCUGGUACGAGUGGUUUUAAAUUGCUUCGACGGGGGUGCUCGGUUGGGAUGGGGACAACAAACUCCAACCUCAUCUUGGGGCAGAGUAUUUGUCUCCGUUUACAGUAUUUACACAGUGGGGCUGAUCAAUGGAUUUAUGGCAACAAUUGGCUCCAUUAUCACAGAUAUUUAUUGCGUGCAUUGGCCAGUGCUAAUGGCCAAGAUAAAGGGAAAGGUAAGCACAAAAUAUGAGCUCAAAGAAAUUUGUUUUUAGGACCCCAAAGUAAAUGAAAUAGGCCAUGUGAUGUCGUUGAAAGUGCUCCUGUAUUUUAAUGUGUGUAUGAUUAUCAUCGGCUGGUAUAUUUGGUGCUAUCAGUUUGAGCAAAUGACUCUGGUCGACGCAACUUACUCCAGGUAAUCUUUGAAAGAUCAUAUACCGUAAUUGUUGUUUUCGUUUAUCUCAAUCUUCAUUACUUUUUCAGUGUGAUGACCAUGAUGGCUGCCGCUUUCGGAGACGUCCAUCCCGAUCCCAAGAGCCAUUUUCAAUUAAUGGUCCUGAUUCUAUAUUACCUUAUUGGUAUUGCUAUUUGGGGCGGCAUUUUGGUCAUCCUUUCCAGUUAUGUGGAGAUCUAUUACAUCGGUAAAAUCAGAGAAUUCUUGAGGUAUUUGUGGGUAAAAUACCGGAUCAGACGAGAGCGACAAAAGGAGGUGAAAAACUGCUGCGAUUACAACUGCCACAACAAUGCGGCUUAA